AUGGCGGACGUUCAGAUGGCUGAUGCAGAGACCUUCGCUUUCCAGGCUGAGAUCAACCAGCUUCUGAGUUUGAUCAUCAACACCUUCUACAGCAACAAGGAGAUUUUCCUUCGAGAACUCAUCAGCAAUUCCUCUGAUGCUUUGGAUAAAAUUCGAUUUGAGAGCCUGACGGACAAAAGCAAGCUCGAUGCUCAACCAGAGCUUUUCAUUCGGAUUGUACCUGACAAGGUCAACAAGACGCUCUCCAUCAUUGACAGUGGUAUUGGCAUGACCAAAGCAGAUUUGGUGAACAACUUGGGUACAAUUGCAAGGUCUGGCACCAAGGAAUUUAUGGAGGCAUUGCAAGCUGGAGCCGAUGUGAGCAUGAUUGGACAGUUCGGUGUUGGGUUCUACUCCGCCUAUCUUGUUGCUGAGAAGGUCAUUGUGACUACAAAGCACAAUGAUGACGAGCAAUACAUCUGGGAAUCACAGGCUGGUGGUUCCUUCACUGUCACUAGGGAUGUCAAUGGUGAACAGCUUGGCAGGGGGUACCAAGAUCACCCUCUUCCUCAAGGAGGACCAGAGAGGAGGAUCAAGGACCUCGUGAAGAAGCACUCUGAGUUCAUCAGCUACCCCAUAUACCUCUGGACUGAGAAGACUACUGAGAAAGAGAUCAGUGAUGAUGAAGACGACGAACCCAAGAAGGAAGAGGAAGGAGAUGUUGAGGAGGUUGAUGAGGAUAAGGAGAAAAAAUCCAAGAAGAAGAAGGUCAAGGAGGUUUCUCACGAGUGGCAGCUCAUCAACAAGCAGAAACCCAUUUGGCUGCGUAAGCCUGAGGAAAUUACCAAGGAUGAAUACGCUUCCUUCUACAAGAGCUUGACCAAUGACUGGGAGGAGCACCUUGCUGUCAAGCAUUUCUCUGUUGAAGGACAGCUUGAGUUCAAGGCCAUUCUCUUUGUCCCAAAGAGGGCUCCAUUUGACCUCUUUGACACCAGGAAGAAGAUGAACAACAUUAAGCUUUAUGUGAGGAGAGUGUUCAUCAUGGACAACUGUGAGGAGCUCAUCCCAGAGUAUCUAGGUUUCGUCAAGGGUGUUGUAGACUCUGAUGAUUUGCCUCUCAACAUCUCUCGUGAGAUGCUACAACAGAACAAGAUCUUGAAGGUGAUCAGGAAGAAUCUUGUGAAAAAGUGUAUCGAGAUGUUCAAUGAGAUUGCUGAGAACAAGGAGGACUACCAGAAGUUCUAUGAGGCUUUCUCCAAGAACUUGAAAUUGGGUAUCCAUGAAGACAGCCAGAACAGAGCCAAGCUUGCCGACCUUCUCCGAUUCCACUCAACCAAGAGCGGCGAGGAGUUGACAAGCCUGAAGGACUAUGUGACAAGAAUGAAGGAGGGUCAGAAGGACAUCUACUACAUUACUGGUGAGAGCAAGAAGGCAGUGGAGAACUCUCCGUUCCUGGAACGCCUCAAGAAGAAGGGCUAUGAAGUCCUUUUUAUGGUGGACGCGAUUGACGAGUAUGCUGUUGGGCAAUUGAAGGAAUAUGAUGGCAAGAAGCUGGUCUCUGCAACCAAGGAAGGCCUCAAGCUUGACGAUGAGACCGAGGAAGAGAAGAAGAAAAAGGAGGAGAAAAAGAAGUCUUUUGAGAGCCUCUGCAAGACCAUCAAGGACAUUUUGGGCGACAGGGUUGAGAAGGUGGUGGUCUCUGACAGAAUUGUGGACUCUCCUUGCUGCUUGGUGACCGGAGAAUAUGGCUGGACCGCGAACAUGGAGAGGAUCAUGAAGGCUCAGGCUCUGAGGGACAACAGCAUGAGCUCGUACAUGUCCAGCAAGAAGACAAUGGAGAUCAACCCCGACAACGGAAUCAUGGAGGAGCUGAGGAAGAGGGCAGAGGCUGACAAGAACGACAAGUCUGUGAAGGACCUUGUGCUGCUGCUGUUCGAGACGGCCCUGUUGACCUCUGGUUUCAGCCUGGAUGAUCCAAACACUUUUGCAGCGAGAAUUCACAGGAUGCUGAAGCUGGGGCUUAGCCUUGAUGACGAGGAGACUGCUGGGGAAGAUGCAGACAUGCCUGCUUUGGAGGAAGAUGGUGCUGAGGAGAGCAAGAUGGAGGAGGUCGACUAA